UCCACAGAGGCUAGUGUCGUAGCUGUUUUCUUAAUAGUCAUAAGUAUAAUAACUGCCCCCGUUACAAGUUUAUUGAACGGACUUGUCAUAAUCGCUGUGAAAACAAAAUCCAGAUUGAAAACCAACUCCAAUAUAGCACUGGCAUGUUUGGCGACCACAGAUUGUUUAAUGGGUGUAUUUGGACAGUCCACUUACAUCGCGAAAAACAUGGCCAUGCUACAAGCCGAGGCUUCCUAUACAUACUGCUUCAUCAGGCAGCUCCAUAACUUCGUUCUGAAGGUAUUAGCCAGGGCAUCGCUCUUGCACCUGGCUCUAAGCUACCUAGACAGGUAUAUUGCCAUAAAGCACCCAUACAGGUAUACCAAUACGGUCACAGCAGUUCGUAUCCUCUGUUCUUCCGCUUUUGCGUGGACUGUGGCGAUCCUUUCGACUGCAGUUUCUUUCCUCACGAACAACAAAAUUGAGAAUAAGUUUCCUGAUGGUACUAUGAUCGCGUUUUUCUGUACAGCCAUCAUUACUUUUUGUCAAAUCGUGCUUUACUACGAGACUCGACGUCACGAAAAACAAAUCGCUGCCCACCAAGUUUCAGAAGACGACCGGAAAAAAUUCGUAAAGGAGAAGAAAGCUCUGAAACUCACAACGACAGUUCUCUUCUUCUUAAUACUGACGUACUGUCCUGUGAUUGUUGUUCGAAUACUUAUAAAAAAAUCUUUCUUCGAUUCCUCAAAUGCAGCACGUAUUGCUUUAGCGAUAGCGAGCUAUCCGAUACUACUUUAUUCGCUUAUAAAUCCACUUAUUUAUUGUAUUAGAAGAAGACAAUUUCGGGCAGCUUUCAUUGAAAUACUCUUCAGAAAAAGUAAUCUACAGGCACAGGAAAUUGAAAUGCGAGUUAAUGGAGCACGAGAAGGACUGGGAUGGCGAAGUCAAAAUACUGAACAAGAAAGUGUAACAAAUAGUACCUGCAGGAACCAAAAAACUUCACCUCAGUUAGUUCGUAUUGUUACUGUGGAUUCGCCUUUCAAUUAACAUUUGGUGAUUUUUUGCACUUUAGUUGACAAAGCCCACGUGGCAUAAGCCUCCUGUUUUGGGGGGCGUUCUUGCCAUUUUCUCGUAAAACUGUGACAUAACAAGGUGGCGAUAUAAAUAUAAAUAAAUAUGUAUUAAUAAAACUUAACUGUCGCGGCCGCCGUCGUUCGAUCUUCACUUAAACGAAUGGACAACACGAUCUCUCGGUUGGCUAUGAAAUUUUAUGUUUCCUUUAUUUCUUUUUUUAUCUUUUCUUUUAUCUUUUGUCUUGUCUUUCUUCCUCGGUUUCUUUGUCCUUCCCGACCGACCGAUCUUUUCUUACCAAGGAAAGGGCAAUAAGAAGCGAAAUCAACUUUAGUGCCUGGCUUUAGAAAAACACAGUGAAAAUGACUUACGGAUCUUAAACUUUAUAAGUAUUUCGUAGUAUUUCGUUUACUUUGAAUUUUUCUUAAGGCACGGAAAAACGGGCAACAAAAAACCUGCAACUUGUCUUGCAACAUUGCUUCAAAACGAGUUGAAUAGCCAAUGGGAUGUUGCACGUUUUACAACCCAUGUUCAAACCUGUAGACAACCUGAUUUGUUGCAAGACAGGUUUGAUGCAGGUGGUAAAACGCGCACAUCGGUAUUCAACUCGUUUUGCGGCAAUGUUGCAAGACAAGUUGCACGUUUUUUGUUGCCUGUUUUUCCGUACCUUUAACAAUUUUUCUCACUGCACUAUGUAUCCAAAAGACACUCAAUAAAAUUAUUGUAAAUAGAAUGUAAAAACUCUUAAUCAAAAACUGUUAUUAACUGAUUCCAUGCUUCGGACCUCUAUUACUAUUUAUUCAGUUUAACAGUCAUAUUAUACACGACCAUUAUUUGGUCUAUGUUUUCUGAAAACAAAAAGCGGUUCUACCUUCUUUCAUUAUUAUUAAUAUUAUUAUUGUUUCAUGUUUUAAAGGAACCAGUUAGCGAAUGUUUAUCGAGACUGCUAGAAAGGGCAAAAUUAGCAAAUCUGCAAAUUUUAAAGUGUAUUCUGAAGAGAGCGAAGGCAUUGCUUCCCAAAGUAGCGUAAUUGUACAGGUGUUUAUAUGGUGGAGGGUACGAGCCUGCCCCCCGCCAUACAAACGUCCGUAAAAUUUCGCGACUUUUCUGAGCUAUAUCUUUAUUAGCUUAAAACAAAUCAUUCAAAAUUGGUAUCUUUAAACGACUUAAAGGGCUUCUUUCACAGAAGACGUAAUUAACUUGGAAAUCUGUCUUCAAAAGGGAAAAAACAGUCGGGAAAAAAGACAGUUUUUCAUAGAAUUGCCUGUCAGAUGUUAACGAUUUAAAGAACAAACGAAAAAUGACAUCAAUCACAACUACAGUCUUAUUCACAGGUCAAAAAUGAUUUGCACGAUUGACAGGAUUUUUACCACAACCGUUACAUUAAGAUAUCGUUCGUUUGUUACCACUUUAAUUUGCUGUCCUUCCAACAUAACUGAUGUUGGAAGGAAUCUACGCCUUUAUAACUGCUGUUUUUUUUUUCUCCACAAUUCAACCCCAAUCACGUUUGAUUAGAUCUGACAAAUUGAGUUCAUUCUUCGACUCAAAUUCACUUAUUACAAGUAGCUUUCUCGGUACGUAAUGAACAAUUAAAAGUUGUACUACACUGUCACAUUAAGCUGUUUUUUGUAUGCGGCCACUUUAAUUCGCUAGCUUUUCAAAGUCACUUACUAUAAACUGAAUCGACUCUUCUGUUUGUGACUGUUUAAGCAACAAAUUACAUUCAGCUGGCGAAAGGCGAAUACACACUGCAACAUGCAAGUCACUUUCUGAAGCACAACAAUUUUUACAAUUUUGCAAAGUUAAUUCCUCAUUUCCAAAGGUUUGCGAAUGAGUUACGGGAAAGAGUAAGUUGUUUAGUUUUCGAAGAGAAUUUCGCGUUUUUCAAUUCAAUUCAUUUCAUUUUUCCUUUGUUGUGUUUUUUCGUUCGCAUUACUUACAAAUCACAUUACGGUAAUUAGAAGAACGCUAAUUGCUAGUUUGCUCGCCGACUUCCUACUAAAUAAUUUGACUCUUAAGUGCUGUACGAAAGUAAAGUGUUUCCUGCGACGCAGCUAAUCGCACUACUCUAAUACUAAUGUUCAUCAAUUGUUAAGAGAGAGUAAAGCCAUUACGCAUGAAGGAUAUAAAUUUAGUUCUUGAUUGCCUCGUAAAGCAAAGCUGAGAACAAGAUGAAUUCAAGCGCAUCUUCCAGUAGCGAAGUCAUGACUGGAUGUGAAGGGAGGAUUCUUGAUUCUAAUUCCACUCAAGCUCGUGCGGUAACUGUUACCAUAAUAAUCAUGAAUAUAAUUACUACUCCCGUUACAAGUUUAUUGAACGGACUUGUCAUAAUCGCUGUGAAAGCAAAAGUUCGAUUGAGGAGUAGGUCCAAUAUAGCACUUGCAUGCUUAGCGACCACAGAUUUGUUCAUGGGGGUGAUUGGUCAGCCUACUUUCAUCGCCGUAAACAUAGCAAUUUUACAAGCCAGGACUUCUAAUACAUACUGCUUCACAAGGCAACUGUUGAGGGCCGUUCUCACGGUAUUAGUCAGGGCAUCGCUGUUACACCUAGCUCUAAUGUACCUAGACAGGUAUAUUGCCAUAAAGCACCCGUACAGGUAUACAAAUAUGGUCACAUCAACUUGCAUUCUCUGUUCUUCCGCUUUUGCGUGGAUUGUGGCUCUGCUCUCGACUGCAACUUCUAGUUUUCUUAACGAAAAACUAUACAAACCGUUGAAUGAUGACACCAUAAUCGCGUUGUUUUGUACAACCAUCAUUACGUUCUGUCAAAUCGUGCUUUACUACGAGACACGCCGUCACGAAAAACAAAUCGCUGCCCACCAAGUUUCAGAAAACGACCGAGAAAAAUUCGUAAAGGAGAAGAAAGCGCUUAAACUCACAACGACUGUUUUGUUCUUCUUGCUACUGACGUAUUUACCGGUGGUUGUUUUUGGAAUACUCAUAAGAAACACUUUCUUCGACUCCUUAGAUGCAGCACAUAUUGCUUAUGCGAUAGCGAGCUUUCUGAUACUACUUAAUUCGCUUAUAAACCCAGUUAUUUACUGUAUUAGAAGAAGGCAAUUUCGGGUAGCUUUCAUUGAAAUACUCUUCCAAAAAAGUAAUCUACAGGCACAGGAAAUUGAAAUGCGAGUGAAUGUAGCACGAGAAGGUCUGGGAUAGCGAAUUCAAAAUAAUCAACAGGAAAAUGUAACAAAUAAUACAAACAGUAACCCAAAAAACUAACCUCAAUUACUACGUAUUGUUACUUUGCCUUGACCGGUCAAUUGAUAUUACCCUGUUGGUGUUUUACGAAAUUUAGUUGAGAAAGCCCACUUUGCAUAAGCUUUUUGGUUUCUUUAGGCUCUCUUGCGAUUUUCUCGCAAAAUCUUUGUAAUUGUUAGUAUGAUUGUAACAUUAAAUGGUGGCGAAAUAAGAAUAAAUAAUAAUCAGUAUGUAGACUGAACCAAAUGGCGACGAGUCGAAUUAGGAACAAUUUCACGCGCGUUUUGUCCAAAUUCUAAUAAUUUCUCUAGCCUGCUAGCAUCACUUUUCGGGGCGCUCUGGUGGCGGGGCGAAAAAUGAGGAAGAACUUGCAGUCACGUCUCAGGAAUUUCAAUUUCCGAAUCGAAAAAGUCGACGCAAAAUACUAAUUGACGGAGAUGACAUUAGUAAUGACGUCAUUACCUUUGGCGCGUGUUUGAAAUAAAGUGUUGACAGGGUGAACACGACUCAUAAAGUGUUAUUCACAGGUUAAAAAUGAUUUUGCGUGAUUGAAAGUGUUUUCACUAAUCUGUCACCUUAAGAUCUCAUUUGUUUGUCACCACUUGUCCUUUCAAAACAAACUAAAUCAAUUUUUCCUCCUACGCCUAUAUAAGUGCUGGUUUUUCCUUUUCAAUUGAACCUCAAGCAACUUCCAUCAAAUCUGACAAUUUGAGUUCAUUGGAAUAGGCUAAAAGAACUCAGGUUUACUUCCGAGUCUUCUCGCAACUUAAUUUACAAAUAACAUUUGCACUAGACUCUUCAAGGUCACUUUUGUUAGUUACUAUAAACUGACUUUACUCUUUCCAUUUACAUCUUUUUAAGUACCGAAUUAAGACCACAUAAGUGACACUGUAAAAUUAUCGUGUUCAAAUAAAGAUAUGCCAUUCUUUUUAAAUACAGCUUUCGACACUAGCGUACAAAUGCCGCUCACUGAAAACGUAUUGGUUUAUGUACAAACUUGCUCCCAUCAGCUUCCACCCCCGUCUCUACCGUCCAAGUGUAAAAUUUCGAGACUUUCGGGAACUAUAUCUUCGCUAGUUUUCACCAAAUCUUUCCCAGAAUGUAACAUUUUUAUUAAUUUAACGCGUUCCUUGAAGCGGCGUCGGCGGAUUUUAGUUCGCCAACUGAUCCACAUCAAACGCUGAAAAUACCGUGGGAGGGUCUAUUAAUGCGAUCUUUGUUUUAUGUCUACUGGUUACACCGUGUGUGUAAACCACAUAUAGCGACACAUUACCAAAAAAAAACCAAACAGUUCCUAAGUUACACAACUUCGGUUACUGUAAAUCAUCAUAUAUACUUCGUCCUUCCGCAUCUCUUUGGCGAGUAUGAAGAAAAUGUAACUAACUUGGAAUUUGUCUUCAAAAAAACAAAAACAGCAGUCUGGAAAAAGACAGGAUUUUUCAUUCUCCUGUCAGCGAGCAACGACAUCAAUCUCAACAGUCUUAUUCACAAGUUAAAAUGAUUUUGCGCGAUUGACUGGAUUUUUACGAGAUUUGUCACAUUAAGAUAUCACUUGUUCGUCACCACUUUCAUAUGCAGGGCUGUCAUUAAGAGCCGGGGACCGGGGGUUUCCCCAGGCUACUAUGAGUGUGGUCCCCGGCUACUUUUAUUGGAAAAUAGAAGAAAAAAAGAACCAAAAGAAAUUUUUGCUGUUUGAUUCCCCGCCUACUUGUUGUAUUUACCCGGCAACUUGAAAUUUUAGUGACAACCCUGAUAUGCCGUCCAUUCGACAUAAACUAAAUCAAUUUGUCCUCGUACCUAACGCCUGUAUAAGUGCUGGUGUUUCCUACUCAAUUCAACCCCAGACACAUUCGAUCAUAUCAGUGGCUGUUUAAAUUGAAAUAGCCUUGAAGGACUCAGAUUCACUUAACCAGCCUUCUCGAUACUUAAUUAAGAAAUGGCAGUUUGACUACAUUUGUCACAUCAAGCUGUUUUUUGGAUGCAGCUACUUUAAUCUGCUGUCCUUUCAAAUUCGCUUACUGUAAACUAAAUCUACUCUUUACUUUUCUACUUUUUUUUAAAGAAUCAACAAGUUAGCAAAGUACAUUCAGUCUGCGAAGGGCGAAUACACACCCCAACAUGCAAAUCACUUUCUGUAGCAAAACAAUUUUUAAAUUUUGCAAAGUUAAUUGCUCAUUUCCAGAGGUUUGUGGAUAAGUCAUGGGAAAGAGUAAGUUGUCUAGUUUUCCAACCGAAUUUGGCGUUUUUCAAUUGAAUUCAUGUCAUCUUAGUUUUCCUUUGUUGUAUUUUCCCAUUCGCGUCACUUACAAAUUACAUUACGGUAAUAAGAAGAACGCUAAUUGCUAGUUUGCUCGCUGACUUCUCACUAAUUUGACUCUUAAGUGUUAAACAAAGCAAAGUGUUUCCUGCGACUUAGCUAAUCGCACUUGCGUACUAAUGUUCAUCAGUAGUCAGGAGAGAGUAAAGCCAUUACGUCUGACUGGUAUAAAUCUUGUCCUUGUUUACCUCGAAAAGCGAGUCUCAGCGCAACACUGGAAAAAGAUGAAUUCAAGCGCAUCUUGCGAAGGACAGAUUGUUGAUUUGAAUUUAACACAAGCGCCUGCGGCAACUCUUAUCUUACUAAUCACGAAUAUAAUUACAUCUACCGUUACAAGUUUAUUGAACGGACUUGUCAUAAUCGCUGUGAAAACAAAACCCCGAUUCAAAACCAUGUCCAAUAUAGCCCUCGCAUGCUUAGCGACCACAGAUUUGUUCAUGGGGGUGAUUGGACAGCCUACUUUCAUCGCCGUGUGCAUAGUAAAUUUACAAGCCGGGACUUCUAAUACACACUGCUUCAUAAGGCAACUGUCGAAGGCCGUUCUCACGGUAUUAGUCAGGGCAUCGCUGCUGCACCUAGUUCUAAUAUACCUAGACAGGUAUAUUGCCAUAAAGCACCCGUACAGGUAUACAACUAUGGUCACAGCAACUCGCCUUCUCUGUUCUUCUGCUUUCGCGUGGACUGUGGCUCUGCUGUCGACUGCGACUUCACCUUUUCUUAACGAAAAACUAUACAAACCGUUGACUGAUGGCAACAUUAUCGGGUUCUUCUGUACAACUAUCAUUACUUUUUGUCAAAUCGUGCUUUACUACGAGACUCGCCGUCACGAAAAACAAAUCGCUGCCCACCAAGUUUCAGAAGACGACCGGAAAAAAUUCGUAAAGGAGAAAAAAGCGCUUAAACUCACAACGACUGUUUUGUUCUUCUUGCUACUGUCUUACUUCCCUGUGUUUGUUAUUGGGAUACUCAUGAGAAACACUUUCUUCCAUUCUUUAAAGGCAGCACAUAUUGCUUUAGGGAUAGCGACCUGUCUGACACUACUUAAUUCGCUUAUAAACCCAGUUAUUUACUGUAUUAGAAGAAGGGAAUUUCGAGUAGCUUUCAUUGAAAUACUCUUCACAAAAACAAAUGUACAGGUUCAAGAAACUGAAAUGCCAGUGAAUGGAGCUUGAGAAGCUCUGAGCUAAGUCAAAAUAAUCAGUAGGAAAAUGUAACAAAUAGUACAAACACUAACCAAAAAACUAACAGGUUCGUAUUGUUACUCUGCCUUGGCCGGUCGAUUGAUAUUACCCUGUAGGUGUUUUGCGUUGUAUGCAAUUUAGUUGAGAAAGCCCACUUUACAAAAGCCUUGUGGUUACUUAUUGGCCUUCUGCCAUUUUCUCCUAAAAUCUUUGUAAUUUUUAUUAUAAUUGUAACAUUGAAAGGUGGGGAAAUAAAAAUAAAUAAAUAAAUAAUUAGUAUGUGUAACCAAAUGGUGACGAGUGGAACCAAGAAAUAAUUUCGCGCUAGCAUCCUUUUCGGGUCGCUCUAGUGGCGGGGCGAAAAAUGAGGGAGAACGUGCAGUCACGUCUCAGGAAUUCCAAUUUCUGAAUCGAAAAAGUCGAUGCAAAAUGCUGAUUGCUGGAGAUGACAUUAGUAAUGACGUCAUUACCCUUGGCAAGUGUUUGAAAUAAAGGGUUGACAGGCUGAACACGACUCAUAAGUCUUAUUCACAGGUUAAAAAUGAUUUUACGUGAUUGACAGGAUUUUCACAAAAUCUGUCACCUUAAGAUAUCAUUUGUUUGUCACCACUUUAACUUACUGUCGUUUCAACAUAAACUAAAUCAAUUUUUCCUCCUACGCCUGUAAAAGUGCUGGCUUUUCCUCCUCAAUUCAACCCCAAGCAAAUUCAAUCAAAUCUGACAAUUUUGAGUUUAAUGGAAUACUCUGAAAGAGUUUAUUGAACGGACUUGUCAUUAUCAAAAAAGUGUUUCCUGUGAAGAAGUUAAUCGUACUUGUGUACUAAUAUUCAUCAAUUGUCAAGAAAGAGCUAGGAUUCAGUAAAGUUAGUUUCCGCUUACUUCGAAAAGUCAAGGUUCAAAUCAGGAUGAGUUCUAUCGCAGCCACGAACAGCGUACACUGCGAAGGAGGGAUUGUUGAUUCCAAUUCUACAGAGGCUCGUGCGGUAACUGUUAUCUUAAUAAUCAUGAAUAUAAUAACUGCCCCCGUUACAAGUUUAUUGAACGGACUUGUCAUAAUCGCUGUGAAAACAAAAUCCAGAUUGAAAACCAAGUCCAAUAUAGCACUCGCAUGCUUAGCGACUACAGAUUGCUUCAUGGGGGUGAUUGGACAGCCUACUUUCAUCGCCUUGAACAUAGUAAUUUUACAAGUCGAGGGUUCUAAUACGUACUGCUUCAUAAGGAAACUCUCGAACGCCGUUGUAACGGUAUUAGGCAGGGCAUCGCUGUUACACUUAGCUCUGAUAUACCUAGACAGGUAUAUUGCCAUAAAGCACCCGUACAGGUACACAAAUAUGGUCACAACAUCUCGCAUUCUCUGCUCUUCCGCUUUUGUGUGGAUUGUGGCUCUAGUCUCGACUGCAACUCCAUUCUUUUCUAACAACAAUCCCUUAGGCCAGUUAACCAAUGGUAGCACGAUCAUUGCGUUUUCCUGUGCAGAAAACAUUAUUUUCUGUCAAGUCGUUCUUUACUACGAAGCUCGCCGUCAAGAAAAACAGAUCGCUGCCCACAACGUUUCAGAAGACGAAAGACAAAAAUUCGUAAAGGAGAAGAAAGCUCUUGAACUCACAACGACUGUUCUCUUCUUGUUGGUAGUGAGCUUUUCACCUUUGAUUGUUGUUACUAUACUUAUCAGAAUCUCCUUUAUCCAGUCGAUACAUGCAGCACGCAUUGCUAAAAAGACAGCAGGCUUUCUGAUACUACUUAAUUCGCUUAUAAAUCCAGUUAUUUACUGUAUUAGAAGAAGACAAUUUCGGGUAGCUUUCAUUGAAAUACUCUUCAGAAAAAGUAACGUACAGGCUAAAGAAAUUGAA